CCGCUCAGUACAGCUCUGACGUCGGUGAGCGAAAGGUGUCGCGUGCUCUCGGUCCCACCACCCGAAAAAAAGACCAUUCUUUGGAGGGAUUUAACAAGUGGUUUCGGGGGAAAGGAAAAACGCCAUUGGAUUUAGUGCAUCGUCUUGACAAACCAGGGAUUAUGCAAGCCAUCAAAUGCGUCGUGGUUGGUGACGGAGCCGUGGGUAAAACAUGUCUUCUUAUCAGCUACACCACCAAUGCCUUUCCAGGAGAAUACAUUCCAACUGUAUUCGACAACUACUCAGCCAAUGUAAUGGUUGAUGGCAAGCCCAUCAACCUGGGCCUGUGGGAUACAGCAGGUCAGGAGGACUACGACAGGCUGCGUCCACUCUCCUACCCACAGACUGAUGUCUUCCUCAUCUGCUUCUCCCUUGUCAACCCAGCCAGUUUUGAGAAUGUCAGAGCAAAGUGGUACCCUGAGGUACGUCAUCAUUGCCCCAACACGCCGAUCAUCCUUGUAGGAACGAAGCUUGAUCUGCGAGACGACCGUGAGACGCUAGAUAAGCUGAAGGACAAGAAGCUAACCCCUAUUUCAUACCCACAGGGUCUGUCCAUGGCUAAGGAGGUUGGAGCUACUAAAUACCUGGAGUGUUCAGCGCUGACGCAGAAGGGUCUCAAAACUGUGUUUGAUGAAGCGAUUCGCGCAGUGCUGUGCCCUGUGCCCCGACCGAAGAACAAACGCAAGUGCCUGAUCCUCUAAGGCAGGACUAUGGGGGGGGACUGCAGGCACGAGAUGCACACGCGUGGCGGGCGUCCCAUUGACUGACUGACUCAUUGGCGUAUCAUCCCUGGUUCGAUUGUUUGUGAGAAGAGACCUUCCCAGUCAGGGGGAGGGGGUGUUUGGCAUGUGGCCGGUCUGCCGCGUCGAAGCUUUUUGCAGCACAGCAGGUGUCAUUGUCGAGUGAGACAUGCUGUGGCUGAGAGGGCACCGUGCAUGACAUGUGGUUAUUUCUUAUGUUAUUAGUUACACAGAUUUACAUGAUAGAAAAAAUGAAAAUGAAAAAAAAAUUGAAGAGAGAUGUUUGUAUUUGCUCAGAAAGAGAUGAAUAGUAAGGAAAAAAGAGAGAUUUAUAUUUGAUGGCAAUCAUUUUUUUUUUUUUUCUUUUUUAAUUAUUAUCAUUAUUAUUAUUAAUAGUUUUUUAAUGUUAGGGAAGACUAUUAGGAAGGAAUUACUGUUUUUGUUUUAUUGCAACUUGGCAUUAUGUUGAUUUAUCUCUUUCCUUCUUGUUCACAUAUUCAUGAUCUUUUUUUCUCAAUUUGUGUUUCCCUUUCUCCCUCUUUCCCUUCUCACUCAUUCAAGUUGCAUAUUUGUGAAAUAAAAAGUCAGCGCAAGUCACUGACAUUGUAUAUUAUUUUAUAUAUACAUGUAUACAUAUAUUUAGUUUUA